AUGAGGUAAUAAAAGGAUGGUCUUUUUUGUCAAAGCCAGUUAUAUGUAAAAGAACUAUGUGAAUCAUUAAAUGUUUUAGAAUUUUUAGAUGAUUAAGCUAAUUUGAGUAUAAGUCAAUCUUUUCAACCAGAAAAUUAGUAAUUAUCUAAUAAAGGCAACAAAAAUGAAAAUUUAACUAAAAGUAGACCUUAAGCAGAAAUAAAAUAAAAUCCGUAUGGAUCUGAAUGGGCAAAUAAAGUGCUAGAAACAUAAUUCGGGGUUCAUUUAUCUCAAAUAACUCAAAGAAAAAGGCCUAAAUGGAUCAUAAAAAAAUUGAAACCUGUAGAAAACGAUGAUAAUAAUGAAAAAUAACAUUCUCGAUUGAUUAAUGUAUUGAAAACGUUUAUUUUAAGGAUUAAAAAAGUCAAGAAAGGUUAUAUCGAAAAAUAACUUCAAAAUCAAAUAACAGAGAAGUAGAUAGCGUAGUUAAAAAUUAUCGACAAUCUUUUAGUAGGCUUAGAUAGCCUUUACCUACUUUUGGAAUAAAUUUCGUUCAAAAAUUGGAUUAAUAAAAAUAUGAUUAUAUUUUAUGAAUUUGUAAAAAAUCUUCAGAGUCAAUUUGUUUCCAUCAAUUUUUCAUAUUGUAAUUGUUAUUUUAAUGACAAAUAAAUGCAAUCAAUUUUUAUUAUAGAUAAAUAUAUCUUUUUUAGAUUAUGA